AACACCACUGUUUGACAGCUGUGUUUGUUGCUGUGCUGGGGCAGUAAUUUCUGUAGAAUUUAACAAAUUAAGCGAAUACAAACGAUGGCUCAGGUCCCCUUGGCAAUUGUUUCGCACAAGCGCCAGGUGUGCAGCUUGUACAAGCGUGCCCUGCGCAACCUGGAGGCGUGGUACGACCGACGAAAUGACUACCGCUAUCGUGCUGUGCAGAUGCGCGCCCGUUUCGACGAGAACCGCAACAAGGAUCUGGGCGAAGGCAUUCGACUGCUGGCUGUUGGCCAAAAGGAGCUCUUCGAGACUAAGCAUUUCCAGUCCAGAAAUUUUGCCAACAGCGCUGGUGGCUGCGCCUUCGAGCGCGAGGUCAUCCCACCCGAUUGGCUCCUGGACUACUGGCAUCCCCUGGAGAAGGCCCAGUAUCCAGAGUAUUUCGCCAAGCGGGAGCAACGAAAGAAGGAGUACGUGAUCUGGUGGGAGAAGCAGCACGGCAAACCAGACCCCAAGGACCUGGGACACCAUUAACUAGCCCUUAAACUACUGUAGUCAAGUCCAAUAAUUGCGAUAAAAGAGUAAAACACAUUGGAGCACCUCAU